UCGGUGAGAGGUUCAUAUUGUCCCUGACAAAGGGACGCACAUUCGCCUGCGGGGAGCCGUCGACGAUCGCGCUGCUCACUACUCGUUAGCUCGCGUAAAAAUAGCCGAGCACAACCGUCCAUAGUACGCCAGAGGUAACGAUCACCCAGCGCGCGGCAGCCAGCAAUUCGCUGCCACGACCGCAAGCAUAAUACCCAUAUUCCUGUCUACCAUUUUUGAGGCGUCUAAAAAAUAGUCUCUGCUAGCGAAAUACCCGUAUUCUAUUCCAAGCAUAGUGCACGUCCUCCGUACUCCUCCUGGCUGCGCAAUCAUGGGUGCCUUCUCGCUGCUCCGCUUGCUCUUGCUGCUCACAGCGGCCCUAGCGCUUCUAUCCGGGGCACACCACCAAGCGCGCGCGCAAGAAUCGGGCUUCGCCAGACUACAGGCCGCUAGUCGCGGCGAUGGCCGCGACCCCAAAGGCGCAGACGACGGCGGCGGCGGAGGGGGAGGAGAAAUAGCAAAUGAUAGCAGGAAAGGAUCUGACAUCGACGGAAUUGUGUCGAGGAUUCUAUCGAGUGGUGAUGACUCCGUGGAUCAAGGCAAGAGCAAGGACGAGAGCAAGGGCAAGAGUGCGAAGGGUGGGAGGCGCAAGAGGCGUGGCAGUGGCAGGAAAGUUAGGGCGGGUAAGGGGACAAAGCGGGCGAGGUUGAGUGGCACGCUGAGUGAUACGCUGAGUGUUUCUGACUUGGGCAAUGCGGAGACAGUGGCUGAGGUGAAGGUAACAAGCAGCAGCAAAUCGACAAGCAAGGCGAGCGAUGCGAGCAGUAAGGCUGCUAGUAGCAGCAAGAACAGCAGCAAGAGCGGCAGCAGCAGCGGUAAGAGCAGCAAGACCAGCAGCGACUCGAAGCGCAAGGAUAAGGCGGAUACCAAGUCAACCAAGUCAACCAAGUCAACAAAGUCAACGAAGGCGAAUGACAGCAAGACGGGGACGAAAAAGAGUAGCGGCAGCAGCAGCAUCAGCAGCAGCGGCAGCAGCAGCAGCAGCGGCAGCGGCGGCGGGAAGAUCAGCAAGGCCAAGGGGAAAACCGGCACGCAGAGCGUGAACGACGGCGGGAGCACCUGCGACUUCGGGGAAGGCAGGUGGGUGAUAUCGCCCAGUAAGGCCCUGUACUCCGGUAAGAGCUGCCCCUUUAUUCGGUCCAAGGAGAACUGCCAGGCGAACGGGCGCAGGGACACGGGGUACCUCAACUGGCGCUGGCAGCCCCGCGGGUGUGACGUUGACCGCCUAGACCCCGCAACCCUUCUCAACCGGUACCGCAACAAGGUGUUCGCGAUCGCGGGCGACUCCUUCUCGUCCAACUUCGGUAACGCAAUUCGCUGCUCGCUGCACUCGUUUUCGCCGACGGUGGACUUCAGCGGCGACUUCGGCGGCACGGACGUGAGCGGGUACCGCGUGCCCAAGUACAACUUCACGUUUCUGCACGUGUCGUCCGUCUUCCUCGUCGACGCGCAGGCCAUUGGCGAAGCCAAGAGCUCCGGCGCCUGGAAGGUAUUCCUGGAUAAACCCCGGGAUAAAUGGGGCGACAUCAUAAACUACCUAGACGUGUUCAUCUUCAGUGCCGGCCACUGGUUCGUUAACGCGCCCUCGAGUCUCCGCAAGUACUACCUCAAGGGCGUGGAGCAGCCGGGCAUAAGCGGCAUGAGAGCCAUGGAGAUCGCGCACGCCACGGUGCGGGACCACAUCGUCCGCUCCAACUACCGGGGCAUUCCCGUUAUGCUCUCCUUCUCGCCCUUCCAUAACGAGGAGGCUUAUGGCGGGGCGGACUCGGGCCGCAACUGCAAGGGCGCGCGCCUGCCGUUCACUUCUGCGGAACUGGCUAAUGCGGAGAAGUAUAGUGACGCUAUAGAGGCGGUUGACGUGCAGAUGAAGGUGUUUAAAGACGUCUUGUGGGGUUCUGGGGCCGGUGGUAGCAGCAGCAGCAGCAGCACAAUGAGUACAGAGAUGCUUGGGAAGGCGAAGGACGGCGGAGGGGCCAAGGUGGGGACGACUAAGAGCACUCAGGUUGACGGUGGGUGGAUCGAGGUCCAGGGCAAAGGCCGGAGCUUGCUCUCUGGUAACUCGAGCAGUGGUGGCAGCAGCCACAGUGGCAGCAGCAGCAGCAGCAGCAGCAGUGGCGGUAGCGGCGGCAGUAGCAGUGGCAAGAGCGAGAGUGACAGCAGCAAGAGCAGCGGCAGCAAUAGCAGCAGCACAAUCACCAGCACCAGUGGCACCAGCAGCAAGAGCACGGGUUCCUCUAGCAAAAUCACCUCUAGCAAAAUCUCCUCAAGCAAAAGCUCCUCAAGCAAAAGCUCCUCUAGCAAAAGCUCCUCUAGCAAAAGCUCCUCUAACAAGGGUUCCUAUAGCAAGGGCUCUUCUAACAAGGGUUCUUCUAGCAAAGGAUCCUCUAAAACCUCUUCAAGCAAGGGUUCGUCCAGCAAGGGGUCCUCUAAAAGCACUUCCAGCAAGAAGGGCUCCACUGCCAAAGCGCAGGAGGCAAGUGACAGCGACAACAACGCACAACCCCCAUCAUCACCACCCAACAGCAGCAGCGGUGGCGGCAGCAAUGGCAGCGGUGGAGUGCGGUUCCGUGUGCUGGACAUCACGCACCUGUCGCUGAUGCGGCCGGACGGCCACCUGCAGAACUACACGGGCGGCCCCAGCACUGACUGCUCACACUGGUGCAACCCGGGCGUGCCGGACACCUGGGCCGACAUCCUCUACUCCAUGCUCCUGGGGGGAUGAGGCGUGCGGGGGACGGCAUGGGUGUUGGGGUUAGACCACCAGAGGAGAGUGUGCUGAGGGGAUACUGGCAUGCUGGCAGGACGACGUGGCCUGCCCGACACCUGGGCCGACAUCCUCUACUCCAUGCUCCUGGGGGGGUGAGAUAUGGCGUGGCAUGGCGUGGCAUGGCAUGGGCCCUUACGACACAAGCACCGGCAUAUCAGCACAUCGGCUUACCCCCAUGCUGGCAUAUACUGGGUGCAACCAGGUGUUGCUGGCCAGAGGGGGGGGAGGAAACAGUAUACUGAGGGAGCAGAAAGGCUUCAAACCAGCCAGUGCCCUCCUCCACACUUGGCUUGAUUCGGCUCUUAGAAGAAACCCAGAGCCUUCAUCAGGGCCGAAAUAGGGAGCCCACACUGCAGGGGACCCAGAGUAUAAGGAGCCCUAGCGCAGUGUAGUGUACAAGUCUUACGGUAGUAUUAGCACUAUAAUAGUGCUGCCACUAGUGAAGGUAGAUAGUGAAGAAGUCUCACUGGCCUCUGAUGGUGCGCAUGCACUGGCACAGUAUUUGCAUGCAGACUCUUGAGUUGAGAGCUUGGGUUGGUUCCAUGACACGACCGGUGGUGAUAUAUUUGGUAUACUGCCGUAAUGAGAUUUGAAUU